AUGAAUGAGGGUAUAGAAAUGGAUGAAACUGCUUAUGACAUGUUUUUCAGUCCAAUCACACCAUGGCCAUGUUUAUCUUUUGAUUUCAUACUGCCAAACUCAUCUUAUGAUUCCUCUAAAAAAUUAAAAAAAGAAACAAACAAUGAAAUAGAUAACAGUAUUUUAAAUUAUCCUAUUGAUAUUUGUUGUGUUGGAGGGUCCCAAGCAAAUAAAAGUGAAUUAAAUAAUAUUUACGUAAUUAAAUGGUCAAAUUUAAAUAAACUAAAAAAUUGUGAUACGGAAAAUUCCAAUGAUGAUAGUGAAAGUGAUGAAGAGAAUGAUGAAAUUUUAAAUGAACAAAAUGAUAUGGAGAAAAAAAAAAAAGUGAAAAAUGAUUCCCUUGAUGAAAAAAGUAGCGUUAUUUGUAAAUCUUUAAAACAUGAAUAUGGAUGUAUAAAUAAAAUAAAAGUAUGUAAAAAGAUUAAUUCCCUAGUUGCAGCAUGGUGUGAAGAUAGCAAUGUAUACAUAUAUGAAAUUUCUGAUGAAAUAAAAAACUUAGAUGAUCGUGCCUAUAAUGAAGAAGUUCAAAAAAAACCAUUACAUGUAUUUCAAAAGCAUUCUAAUGAAGGUUUUAGCUUAGAUUGGAAUAAUGUUCAUGCAGCAAAAUUAUUAACUGGGGAUAAUGAUGGGAAUUUAUAUUUAUGGCUACCUGAUAAUUCAGAUAAAUGGAAUUAUGAAUACUGGGAUUUUAAAAAAUAUGCUGAUAGUAAAAUAAAUAAAAAAUUUAGUAUAGAAGAUAUACAAUGGUGUAAAAAAGGGAAUGGUUUAGGAGAUGUAUUUAGUAUUUGUUCAUCAGAUAGAAGCAUUCGAAUAUUAGAUGUAAGAAAUUUAAAUAAUAGCAAUAAUACAAAUAUAAAUAUAGAAAAUGCACACGCUAAUGAUGUCAAUGUAAUAUCAUGGAAUGAAAAUUCAGAAUUUUUAUUGGCAUCAGGAGGAGAUGAUAACUUAAUAAAAAUAUGGGAUAUUCGAAAUACUAAAAAUUCUGUAGCUGAAUUAAAUUUUCAUAAGCAACCAAUAACUUCAGUUUGUUGGGAUUCUAAAGAUACUUAUGUCUUAUUAGCAUCAAGCUUAGAUGACUCCAUAUCUAUUUGGGAUUUAUCUGUAGAAUCAGAGGCUUUAGAAUAUUCUCUUUCUAAAUAUCCUGAUCAAUUACUAUUUGAGCAUUUAAAUCAAAAUUUUAUUACUGAAGCAAAAUUUCAUCCAAACUUUCCCGGAGUUGUGGUUUCUACUUCUAAUGAUAAUUUUAAUAUUUUUAAGCCUUGUAAUAUUUAA